UCCUUCUUUCUUGCACCAAAUAAUACUAACUACCUUUUUUCGUUGCAAAUUUUCUCCAAAAUUCCCAGUCCACAGCCAAUUAAUUUUCUUUCAGACUUCCAGGUUUGCAAUUCUCAAUUUUAAUAUUGUUAUUGGCAACCACAUUUCAAGCUAGGCAUUAACAUGCCUGCAAAUGGAAUAUAAUAAAAUCGUAAAACUAUACGAUUCGUCAGAAAAGGGCAUAAUAGGUACAUUUUUUUCUAUCUUGAUGUAAUUGAAAGAAAACAUGCAUAUAUUGUUCCCAAUUCCUGUGGAGAUCUGAUAAAAGGGUACGAUUAUUCGACGUUGGAUGGAUGUAUGAAAAUUAAAUUUUAUCCCAUGAGUUCCAUCACCUUUAAAGUUUGUGUCUGUUCAGUUGAUGAAUUGAGGUGAAACAUGUCUCAUCAUGUUACAAAUAGGUCACAAUCAUCAUCUUCUCAACCGCCUAUCGUCCAAAAACUAACGGAUGAUCCUGUAAACCCCAAGAAUGCUCAAAGUAGCGUUACGUGUGUUUAUCAGUCACAUAUCGGGGGCUAUUGGCGUAAUGUGACUGUUAUAUGGAGCAAGAAUCUAAUGAAUCAUUCUGUGACCUUAACGGUUGAUAGUGUUGAAAGUGAUUAUCAUCAAACAUGUAAGAUUGAUCUUAAACCUUGGCAUUUUUGGGCUAAAAAAGGAUACAAGACAUUUGAGGUUGAUGGUAAUCAAUUGGAGGCUUAUUGGGAUCUAAGAUCAGCAAAAUUUUCAGGAAGUCCUGAACCAUGUUCUGAUUUUUACGUUGCUUUAGUUUCCGAGGAAGAGGUUGUGUUGUUGUUAGGUGAUUACAAGAAAAAAGCCUAUAAGAAAACUAAAUCAAGGCCAGCAUUGGUGGAUGCCCUGUUGUUUUACAAAAAAGAACAUGUUUUUGGUAAGAAGAGUUUUUCAACAAGAGCUAAAUUUGAUCAAAGGAAACAAGAAAGUGAUAUUGUGGUAGAGAGCUCAACGACAGGACCUAGAGAUCCCGAAAUGUGGAUAAGCAUAGAUGGGAUUGUUUUGAUUCACAUAAAAAACUUGCAAUGGAAAUUCAGGGGAAAUGAAACCGUACUAGUGAACAAACAACCCGUGCAAGUCUUUUGGGACGUGCACGCUUGGUUGUUCUGUUCACCAGGGUCAGGUCAUGGCCUAUUCAUUUUCAAGCCGGGGGCAUCUGAGGAUGAUAGUGACAAGGAAGGGAGUAGCGUGGGUGGUGGUAGCGAUUGCAGUGACCAAAGCAAGUAUUAUUCAACGUUAAGCUACUCUAAAUCAUCGCCAUUUUGUCUCUUCUUAUAUGCAUGGAAAAUUGAGUGAGGACUAAGCAAACCAAUGAAUAUUGAAAAGUUAUAAGCAUGAGCUUCCUGUUUACAAAGAAAUUGUAACUGGAUAAGCAAAUGUCUUGUAGAGAUCAGCAGAGUAAGUUAAAUUUCUUGGUGUUUUCACUCCAAAUGAAUUCGUGUAAAUUUUGUGAAAAUAUUAUUCGAUACAACACUAUGCCUUUUUCACCUAGGCGGAUGCAGUGUAUGUGCACGGGGGCGGUUACACUCUCUCAUAUAUGUAUUUGUAUAGUAGGACAGUAUACAAAAUUCAAUUAUAUGUAUGUUUUGCAUGCACCAUUUGUGAUUGAGAAUUUCGUAUUCACUGAAUUAAAAUCUUAACUACUCUGCU